CUCCACAUCCGCCGGCCUCGGGGGAGCUCGUCACCCCUCGCCUUCCGUCCCCCUCCUUUCGAUCGUCCUCCCACCAUGUGGGUCGGGAUGCUUCUCAGGCGCCGAAAGAUGAUGGACUCGAAUUGAAGAAUUCGAGCUCUACCCGAGUUCGAGGGGUCCGUUUAUGUGCGAUAGUUGCUGCUAGGGUUGUUCGCUGAUGCGAUCGUCCCCUCGCCGAUUUCUAUCCCAAGAAGUCGAGGAGGGGGAAUGCUUGUAGACAGCCUGUCGUGGGAGAGAGCAUUCGGAGAUCGGAGUUGAGGAAAUGGGGGCAGGAUUGAAUCUCUUUGGGCUCCAUUUGCACAAGGCGUUAUGCGUGGCCCUGAUGAUUCACCUCCUCUGCGAUGCAUGCUUGUCGAUUAACCUCGAAGGGUUGGCGCUGUUGGAAUUCCGUUCUCGAGUGGAGUCUGAUCCUUAUGGGGCAUUGGAGAACUGGAAUCCCAGCGACAGCAACCCGUGCAGUUGGACCGGUGUUUAUUGCGUCGGUGGUAAAGUUGUGAUGUUGAAGCUAAAAGAGUUAUCUCUGCAAGGAACUUUGGCACCUGAGCUUGGGAAGCUUAGUCACCUGAGAGCUCUUAUACUUUACAGGAACAAAUUUUCUGGAGUAAUCCCUAAGGAGAUUGGAGGACUAACAAAGUUGGUGCUCUUGGAUUUGAGAAGUAACAUGCUAAAUGGUACAAUUCCAAAGGAGAUUGGGGAAAUGCUAUCUCUCAAGCAUCUUCUGCUUUGCUAUAACAAAUUCGAAGGCAGCACACCUUGGAUCGAAAAUCCCAAAUUGCAUUUUGAUCUGAUUCUUGAUCAGAACAUUUCUUGUGAUGCACCUGAUGAUCUGGGACAUGCGAACAGGAAAGCUGGGGAUUGCUUCUGGGAGACUGGCUGGCGAAAACUGAAGAGAAUUAACUCCUUUCUGUUCCUGUUUAAAGGGAGAAACAUAAAAAUCUUUGACACAUCAUCGCUAAGACUUCUGCUUUUGAGCUUCAGAUCCAAAGGACUUUCUCGCGGAUAUGAGAAAGGAAAGAGUAAUCUAGCCACUGGUUUUGGCGAGCAGUAUAUAAUGUCAGGUAUACAUAUGCAUUCUGUUCGCCGUAGCCUGGUUGAAGAAACCAGGAACCUCCAUGCUGCUCCUGGAAGCAUUGGCCCUGUAAAUCAAGUUGUCAUUGUUCCACCCACUGCAAGUGGAUCGUUCCCUGCAAUAAGAGCCAAAUCUACACUUGAGCCAUCUCCAGCUCCUAUAACUCCAAGUCCACUACCCAUUUCUCCAUCUGUAACUGAUCCUGAACCAACACAAAAUUCUGUGGCAAAUGAUCUAUCAUCAAGUAAAAGAUCAGCAACUUGGACAUACAUUCUUGUCCUUUCAGUGGCUGCUUUACUUCUUGCCCUAGCGGCACUCGUGUAUUUGACUUGCCGUAGCAAGGGUGUGGCUGCAACCGGUCCUUGGACAACUGGUCUAAGUGGUCAGUUGCAGAAGGCAUUUGUAUCAGGGGUGCCAAAAUUGAAUGCCUCAGAGCUGGAAGCUGCUUGUGAGGAUUUCAGCAACAUUAUUUGCAGCCAUCCAGAUUUCACUGUCUAUAAGGGAACAUUAUCGAGUGGGGUUGAGGUUGCAGUUGUGUCCACAAGUAUCACAUCUGCCAGUGAUUGGUCGAAGCAUUCGGAUUUUCUUUACAGGAAAAAGGUUGACACAUUAUCUCGUAUAAACCACAAAAACUUCGUCAAUCUCCUUGGUUACUGCGAGGAGGAUGUGCCUUUUGUGAGAAUGAUGGUCCUUGAAUAUCCAUCCAAUGGUACAAUCUAUGAGCAUCUUCAUGAAGAAUUUGAGCAUCUUGAUUGGAGUGCUAGAAUGAGGCUAAUAAUGGGGACUGCCUACUGUCUCCAGCACAUGCAUGAACUGAACCCACCCAUAUCGCAUCCCAAACUGCGCUCAAGCUCCAUCCUCAUAUCAGAAGAUUUUGCUGCUAAGGUAACGGAUCUCAGUGUUUGGAAUGAAAUCGUUGCCAAGCAAAAGACUCAUGGAGCUGGUGACCUCGAUCAGUCUGAAUCCCUGUCUGUUGAUCCUGCACGCAACGUUCAUGAUUUUGGAAUAUUGAUGCUAGAAAUAGUUUCUGGAAAAGUUCCAAACCCCGAAGAACCAGAAUCCCUUCUGAACUUGGUUGCGGAGUACCUAAAUGGCAACGGCGGCGCCAGCUCUUUGGUUGAUCCUGCUUUGAAAGCCCACAAAGAUGAGGAACUCCGUAUCAUUUCCGAGGUCAUCCAAGAUUGCGUUAAUCCCGACCCACCGAAGAGGCCAACCAUGAAGGACGUCACUUCCAAAUUGAAGGGAGUGAUACCUAUUUCACCUGAAGCAGCCAUGCCAAGACUUUCUCCACUUUGGUGGGCAGAACUGGAGAUCCUGUCCAUUAAAGCGAGCUAACCUGGUUUUGUUGCUUGUUCCAGACCUGGAUCUCCUCGCUGAUUUUGUGCCUCAACUUUGUCUAUUUGUCGUCGUUCAUCAAUGUGAACCUCAACAUGCUUAUGUCUUUCUCCUCUUCGAUGGACGUCCUCUCUCUGGGGAUCCAUCAUCCUCUCAUAUAGCCAUAGCAAUCAAUCCUGUACCAGAGAUCUGCCGCGAUGUGCAAGCAUCAAGGUGUGUCAAUAUGGGCUACUACGAACAUGAAAACAUAUCGUCAUUGUAUUUGCUAUUACCACAAGUUGGUUUAUUGGGGGGCCGAGACAUUCUCUUAUAAUUUCUAUACAACGAUUAUGGUUGUGGCUA